UCCUCCUUCCAUUCGACUUGACAUGGCGUCGCCAACGACAGUCAGCACGGUACACUAGCGGCUCUAUUCGUGUCGGUGGUGGAACGUGGAGUCUGCCGGAUUUGCUUUUUUUUGUUGUGAGAACUAACAGCAGCUUCCCUCCGUCAGUGUGAUUUGUAAAAGUUCCCUUUACCACCUUCGUCUUGGUCCCUUUCACGUUGCCAUGAACGGGAAGUCGGCCAACGGCUCGGCAGGGGGAAUGGCGUGCAUCGACGGGCUGCCGCCGCUGCCCAAGAGCCUUAGCGGCUUGCUCAACUCGAGCGGCGGCUCGUGGAGGGACAUGGAGCGGAUGUACGUGAAGAAGACCAUGAUCCAGGACGACCUGAGCCGAGGACGCAACAACGCUGACAGCCUGCUGGCCAGCAAGCCGGCGAACCUCGACGCCGCCCUGGCUCUGCUGCGGAAAGAGAUGGUGGGCUUACGUCAACAGGACAUGUCCCUGCUGUGUCAGCUAUGGUCGCUGCACGAGUCCAUCCAGGAGUACAAGGGCAGCUGCCAGGACUUGAGCGCCGCCUCCGGCCUGGGCAUGAUGGAGAACGGCUACUUCGACGAGGACGACGAGUACUACGCCGAGCCGGGCGCCACGCCCACCGACGAGCACCCGGACGGCAACGGCAUGGCGGGGCAAGGCACCAGCGACGGCGGGGUGGGCAAAGACGACAGCUGGGAGUCCUUCCGGGUCACCAUCUGAUGCCUCCUUGGUCUGGUAUUUUCUUCCAUUUGCACCGGGAAUGUAAUGCCCAAGCCUCAUGUCGGCGCCCCCUGUGGUCAAACUUUAAUGCUGCAAGGGGCCCAGCUUGGCGCUUCAUCGCACUCGAUGGAGUCGAAUCAAACUUGUUUACUUAAGAAAGAAAAAAAAAAGGAAAAAAAGAUUAGUAAUAUACUGUAUGUAUGUUAGAUGUGUUAUCUUAUUAUAAACAUAUGCCGGUUACUUACGCCGUCCGGCAGGGUUUACAUGUAAGUGUUUGGGUAAAGUUUUAUUAUUUAUUAUAUAUUGUGAAAAAAAAAGCCGAGAAGUAAUUAGUCAACCAAACCAAUCGCGAUGAUAUUAAGAGGGACGUCGGAGCGAUCAGAGCAUUUGGCAAGCACGAAUUUGUAAAAGUGCUCGCAAGAAUGAAACGUUUUGACGUGUUCAUAGUUAACAUCUGAGUACAGGGUCAUUUUCUACGUCACGUUACGCGAAGCGACCUUACGUUAGCGACACCGUCGAUCCGUUGUCAUCAUUUGUGUCUGGACGUCACAUGACCAAAGACA